UGGACUUUUGGCCACGCAGAUCUCGCUGGGAAAAUCGUCUUCCUCACGCUUCAAAUCCACAGCAUCCAUUCCAAAAUGCAUAUCGUCUCUGACUCUCAUAAUCCAAGCCCAUUUCACCUGUGAAGCUGUUUUCAUCUCUCACUCUGCCAAAGGUCUCUUCCAAUCCCAAUCUCUUUGUAUUUUCUUUAAGAUCCCAAACUUCUCUGCAUCCCAUUGAUCGGUCUAUCCAUUUCUUCUAGGGUUUUGAAUCCGUCGCUAUAAUUUCUAUUGUAUCAGUAAUUUGUUUCCAUUUCUGAUAAAUCUAGCCAAAUUAAGUGGAUCAACAGAAUCUUGAGGACCCACGUUUUAGUUUUUGCAAUGACUGGUUUUGAUGCUUCGUUUCCUUUCUAUUUCGCUGCAUUUGUCAAUGCUCUCCAUAAAGUUCUUUGAUUGGUGAGUGUCCACUCAAUUUAGCAUUGAAUUUGAAAAAAAAAACACCUAGAAAACGAUGUCUUCGACUAGAUUUGAUUCGUCGAAGCAGUACUAUGCCACGAGCAGUCUCGUAGUGGGUUACGCGCUGUGUUCAAGCUUGCUUGCUGUGAUAAACAAGAUUGCCAUUACUCAAUUCAACUAUCCUGGCCUUCUGACUGCAUUACAGUAUCUAACUUCAGCGUUAGGUGUUUGGGUUUUGGGAAAAUUGGGGUUUUUGCAUCAUGAUCCGUUCACAUUGGAGAUCGCAAAGAAAUUCUUACCGGCUGCACUUGUUUUCUACCUUGCGAUCUUUACGAACACAAAUUUGCUUCGCCAUGCCAAUGUUGAUACUUUUAUUGUAUUUCGGUCUUUGACGCCCCUUCUGGUUGCCAUAGCAGAUACGACAUUUAGGAAACAGCCAUGUCCGUCAAAGUUAACUUUCAUGUCGCUAUUGAUCAUUUUGGGUGGUGCUGUUGGGUAUGUAGCCACGGAUUCAGCUUUUACUUUAACCGCGUAUUCAUGGGCAUUUGCAUAUUUGGUGACAAUUACAUCGGAGAUGGUCUAUAUCAAGCAUAUGGUCACAAAUCUUGGUUUGAACACUUGGGGUUUUGUGUUUUACAACAAUUUGCUGUCUUUGAUGAUGGCACCGGUGUUCUGGGUUCUUACAGGAGAGUAUGCUGAUGUGUUUGCUGCUAUGAGAUCGGCUUCUGGGAACUGGAUGGAUUCCAGUGCACUUUUUGCAGUUUCAUUGUCUUGUGUGUUUGGAUUGCUUAUAAGCUUCUUCGGGUUUGCAGCUAGGAAGGCAAUCUCUGCCACAGCAUUUACAGUGACUGGUGUGGUUAAUAAGUUUCUUACAGUUGCGAUCAAUGUGUUGAUUUGGGAUAAGCAUGCUAGUCCAUUUGGGUUGGUUUGCCUCCUCCUCACAAUUGUGGGGGGUGUUCUUUAUCAGCAGUCAGUUACUGGAGCUGGCAGUGCUCCUUCACAGCGUGAUCCCGCUGUGUCUAAACAAACUGACGGUGAGAAUGAUGGUGAUUUUGAUGAUGAGAAUCAAGCAAAAGGAAUAUCGGAUGUAAAAUGAAGUAGAAAUUUCGAACAAAAAAGUAUGGCAUUUAUGAACAGGCUGUCUAGUGAAUUCCUCUGCUUUCUGAGAUUAAGCCAGGUGUGGUGAUGGGCCAAAAUGGGCUGUAUAGUUUGCUGCUUGAUGGCUAAUUUCAGGACAAUAAUAUGAAGCCUUGUGGUGGGAGUCCUUAUUCUUGGAAACCCAAAACUUCAGCGGCUGCUUUUGCAAGGAACUUUUAGACGAGGCUCGGUAGAGGGCUGAAGUAGAUUUAGGAAUUGAAGAUGAGGGUAAUCAUACAAAUGAAAUGGGUAACAUUCUAAACAGCCUCCAUAAUACAUCUGCAAAAUCAACACCUUGGAUCU